AUCACGUAUAAAAAUGUGUACCUGUACAUAUAGGUAGAUCAAUCAGGUAUAAAACGCGUACCUGUAGGUACACCCGUCUACACCUGAUCAUAACCGCCGAUAUGGCCCACGUACUACCGGGACUUCUCCUCAUCCUUGUCGUGUCGCUGACACUGGAGGCCUAUCCGAGUGGUGGGCCGAACACAGGGAGGGCUCAAGAUCUUAAGAUUAGGCAGCUGAUAACAGCACUGAGGAAACUCAAAACAAGUGGCCAUGAUCUCAGGUCGACAUUAUAUGAAAAACAAAGGAAAGAGAGGAGAGAGGAAGCAGACAAGACAGAAGAUAUUAAGGAAAAUGAUGUGCUAGAAGAAACAGUAAAAGAACUGGGUAAAGACGAUUUGUCAACCAAACACAACGAGGAAGAUUCGUUACCGGGAGAUGAACGGAGCAUCAAUAGUCGAACUGACGAUACUGGUAAAGAUGAGGAAGAAGAGGAAGAAGAGGAUGUCAGAUCAGACAGAAAAGACGUGUCACUGGUCGAAAGGUUAGCCCAAAAGAGGACUAACACGGUGGCUGAUAACAAUGGGGUGGACGAUGGCAAACAGAAUGGUAACACGCGAGAUCACGGUCAUGGUGUUGACAUAGACAGAACGUAUGUAAACCCAAACAGUGAUCAAGCAAAACUUUUCGGACAGUUUGAAGUGGAUAUUCAUGGCAAAAAGAUGACAUCGAAAGACCUACAUAAAGAGAAGCUGGAAAAGCUUAUAGGUGAAAGUCAUGAUCAACAUCCGACACCGAAACCGAACACGGAAACAGAAGAGUUGUCACAGCAGGAUGCAGAAAAGAGACUUACAAGAAGAAAUUUUCCGAAGAAUGACUUGCUUUGGUCGAACGGUAUAGUGCCCUAUGAAAUCGAAACUGGUGGAUUCAGCCAAGAACAAAUCGCUAUCAUAGAAGCUGCUAUAGACGAAAUGAGACAGAGGACUUGUGUAGACUUCCAGCCGAGAUCCACUGUGGACUACUCUACCUUGGGACACACUGCAUUUGUUAAAUUUAUCUCAUCUACCACAGGAUGUUGGUCGUACGUAGGAAGAGUCACGAACGAUCGACAACAGGAGAUUGGACUUGGGCCCGGCUGCGUCUACAAUCCGACAGUUCUUCAUGAAAUGUGUCACGCCAUAGGCAUGGAACACGAGCAAAGCCGGACGGACCGUGAUAAUUACGUUACCAUGCAAUGGGAUAAUAUCAAAGAUGGCGAAAAUAACCAGAAUAUGAUUAAACUAAAGACAAAAGACACUAAUCCUUACGAUUAUGAAUCCAUUCUUCAAUAUGGUAUUAAGGACUAUGCAACUGGCAAACACAUAAUGAGAUUCCAUGACCAGGAACUGGAGUUUCUGGCUGACGAUGCUACUACAUUGACAUUCUACGACAUUAAGGAUAUCACAUCUUCUUACCGUUGCUCCGAAAAGUGCGGAACUGGUUCGCCGAUUUGUCAAAAUGGCGGGUUCGUUGAUCAGACGUGUGGCUGUUUAUGUCCUGCAGGACUUGAUGGCACCGAUUGUUCACAGGUCGUGACGGAUCCAGUUUGUGGCGGUACGAUAGACGUAACGACAGGGCCUAAAACUAUUGAAUCUCCAAACUAUCCCCAGAACUACGAUGCAGGAACUGACUGUGCUUGGCUUGCAAAGGGUCCCACCGGCAAACUCAUACAGCUGACAAUCAAUUCCCUAAACCUGCCGUACAACACAAACGACAAUAGAUGCUACCACUGGCUGGAGAUUCGUUAUAAUCUGAUGGGACAGAGUGGACUCAAGAAAUGUGGCGAUUUUACAAAUGAGGUUUAUAGAACAACCUGGGAUGGAACCCCCAACAUCAUGUACUUGAUGUUUGACAGUGCGUACGCAGACGAUAAAUCUCCUGGCACGGGUUUCAGUCUGACUGUUGAAGCUGUCGUACCAGGUUGUGCAAGUAGCCCGUGUGUACAUGGAUCGUGUCAGGAUGACACUACAACUGAAUUUAAAUGUUUGUGCGAGGACGACUAUGAGGGAGUCCACUGCGACCAGGUGAAAGCCUCCGCUUCAUUUUUCUGUGACUUUGAGAGUGCUGAUACCUGUUUCUUCAUAAACGAUGACAAAAGUGGAAUAGACAUUUUUGACUGGACAUGGCAUACGGGAAGUACGAUAUCCGCCGGUACUGGACCAUCUAAGGCGUAUAAUGGUGAUUACUACAUGUAUGCCGAGGUGUCCUAUCGGGGAAAAGGAGAAAAUGCCGCACUGCUGACUACUGAAGCUCUUCCCGCUGGUCUGUGGUGUCUGUCGUUUUGGUAUCACAUGUAUGGAGCCGCUAUGGGAAAGUUUGAGGUAUUGGGAGCAACCGACGGCGCUGUAUGGUGGAGCAGGUCCGUGGAUCUAGGAGACCAAUGGAACUACGCAUCCAUAGAAAUGCAACUAAGUACAAAACAGAAGGUUGCACUUUUGGCAACAGUCGGAAAUUACUUCCUGGGAGAUAUUGCUAUCGACAAUCUUCAGCUACAACAAUGUGUAUCACCUGUACAUGACCGCUGUGAUUUUGAAGUCGGAAAUGAGUGCUUUUUAAGCCAAAGUCAGACGGAUGACUUUGAUUGGGUUGUUAAUCAAUCAGGUGAUACUCCGUCACCAAAGACUGGGCCGACUUCUGCGCAGGAAGGUAGCCAUUAUGCCUUCAUAGAGGCUUCAGGUCCAUUCAUAUCUGAUAUGGCAGUCCUACGCUCAGCAUCAACAUAUCCAGCCGGAGAGUACUGUCUGACUUUUUACUAUAAUAUGUACGGUAAAAAGAUUGGAGCGUUAGAUGUGUCAACACUACCGGAGUCCUCUGAUAUAGAAAGUGUUUUCCUCAAGACGGGAGAUCAGGGACAGCAGUGGAAUCAGGGAGUUGUGUCUUUGGACGAAAGUGAACAAUUUAACUUACUAUUUACUGCCAUAAGAGGAGCGUCCUACACCUCUGAUAUAGCCCUCGACAACAUCACCUUUACCUCGGAUAGAUGUGGAUGUCUAUCGAACCCCUGCCUGAAUGGAGGUACGUGUCUUUCAAACUCAAACAUGCAGACCGGAUAUGAAUGCACCUGCCCAUCUGGACUAAGUGGUGGGAUAUGUGAAGACGUGUCAGUGGAUACGACAUUGACGUGCACUUUUGAAGAUAAUGCCGUGUGCUUCCUACAACAGUCCCGGGACGACAGCUUCGACUGGACCACUAGAGAGAGACCGUCGGCGACGCCGGACACAGGUCCAUCAGCGGCGGCAGAGGGAACCCAAUACGCCUAUAUCGAAACGUCAGGACUGAUCACGAAGGACGACGUAGCAAAGUUUACAACUUCUCCUAUGUCUUUUGAGGCCGGUGACCGUUGUUUGACCUUUAAGUACCACAUGUUUGGGUACAGCAUCGGUAAUCUGAGCGUGAGCUAUGGGGACACAGAAUUAUUCCACCAACAGGGAGAUCUGGGCGAUACCUGGAACUUGGCUAACGUCGACGUUGUGAUGUCUGGAUUUACUGAGCAGCUGGUCAUGGCCGCUUCCGUCGGACUAAACAGAGAAUAUGGUGACAUUGCCAUCGAUGACGUCAAACUAACUCCUGGCUCGUGCUGACCGACUAUGCUGACCACACGAACAUUUCCGAACCUCCGCUAGAAACAUGGAUGGUGGAUUUGGGGACCUUCAGAUUUCACAUUUUCAAUUCUGAUUGUCUUUUACGAAGAGUUCUGGAAAAACGUGUUGAGAAUGUCACAAACGUUUAUUAACCACAGGACUGACUUGUCCUACAUUAUGAUUAUAUAUAAUCAAUGCAAUCAUUUGACAUACUAUAUAACUAAUCAAGAUGCCUACUUCUAAUCCAUUACCUUUGUAACAUCAUUUACCUCGUCGUAUAAAGGUAUCUGAUUCCCUAUUUCAAAUCACAUUUAUGUAACAUAAAAACACGAUAUUGGCCUUACUGGCUCGUGUUUCAUGCGCGGUAUAUGCUCCUCUUACGAUCCUGCUUUAAUUCACGCUAUCGAGUGUUUGUAUUUUAAUCUAUACGUUUGAUACUAUUCUUCAAGUCGUUGCAUUCUAUUAUACAAUAUAUGCUUUGUUUCGUUGAAACGAAGAUUCAUUUCUCUAUAUCAAAUGAGCGUCCUUAGGUUUUUAUGUAAAUGUUUUGCUCUUAAAUGAACAUUCAGUAAUUACGUUUGUUUUAGUUCUUUUAUAAAGACAAAAAAGUCUAGAUAUUGUGUUACCAUUUGUUAACAAAUUUGCCUGAAUGCUUGAAAAUAAAAAUAAAAAAUAUCUAUAUUUGCUUAAUUAUUUAAGUUCCAAAUAAUUUAUCAAACAAAGCUAUGCUAUAUGUUAAUUCCACAUAAUGUCCUAAGACAAAAAAUAUUUCCCGUGAAGAUUAAAAUUGAAAUCUUGUUGCAGA